CCAGUACUAGCGGUUACACAGUAUGUGCCCACUUAUGAAAAGGAAUGGAAUGAGUUCCACGUCGGACUAUAUAACACCGUCACUGUGAAUUCAUCACUAUCAGUCAGUUGUCCAGCAACAUCAUCUACAACAACAUGCAGGUCUUUAUCAUUGUUGCUUUCAUGGCCGUGGUUUCAUGCCAAAAUCCCUAUUACCAGCAAACCUACAAUCCCUACCCGGAAUACAAGCCGGAAUACAAGCCGGAAUACAAGCCGGAAUACAAGCCGGAAUACAUGCCAGACUACAAGCCAGACUACAAGCCAGACUACAAGCCGGACUACAAGCCGGAAUACAAGCCGGAAUACAAACCGGAAUACAAUCCAGAAUACAAGCCGGAAUACAAACCGGAAUACAAACCGGAAUACAAGCCGGAAUACAAACCGGAAUACAAGCCCGAAUACAAGCCCGAAUACAAGCCGGAUUACCCAACUCCUUCGUACAAGCCAGACUAUCCUGCCUACAAGCCAGAAUACCCAGCCCCUGCCUACAAACCGAAUUAUCCAGCACAGACAUACAAACCUGCAUACCCUGAAUACAACAAACCAGCUUAUCAUGAGCCAACUUACCAAGCCCCAUCCCACAAACCAUCCUACACCGAACCAGCGUAUAAACCCGAAUACAAACCUUCAUAUCCUGAAUACAAACCCUAUUCCCCGCCCAAGUAUCCUUCGUACACUCCCACAUACUCAGUCAAAUAUUAAUCAAAAGAAAUGUUUCAUUUUCGCAACCGUGUGAUGUUAUUCUUUAAAGAGAGUUUAUACUUCAUGUUCCAAUAAAUUCACAGUCAAUAUUA